AUGGCUUCUUCAACCAUUCCAAACACACCCAUAACCUUGAAUUCCCACACCUUUGUUGAUCUCAAAUCACCAUCGACAUUAUCCAACUAUGUGAGCUUCUCUUCAUCAAAGCGCCGACAACCUCCAUGUCUUUUCACGGUCAGAGCAAGUGACUCAGAUUUCGAAGCCGCAGUUGUUGCCGGUAAAGUACCCGAAGCACCUCCAGUACCGCCUACACCGGCGGCACCAGCUGGAACCCCAGUCGUUCCUUCACUUCCAAUUCAAAGGCGUCCCCGCCGGAAUAGAAGAUCGCCUGCACUUAGAUCGGCGUUUCAGGAAACAACUCUAUCACCUGCGAAUUUUGUAUAUCCACUUUUUAUUCAUGAAGGUGAGGAAGAUACCCCUAUUGGGGCUAUGCCUGGAUGCUACAGGCUUGGUUGGAGACAUGGACUUUUGGAAGAGGUUGCAAAAGCACGGGAUGUCGGUGUUAACAGUGUUGUGCUCUUCCCCAAAAUUCCAGAUGCUUUGAAGACCCCCACAGGAGAUGAAGCAUAUAAUGAGGAUGGUUUAGUGCCUCGGACUAUACGGUUGCUCAAGGAUAAGUACCCUGAUCUUAUUAUUUACACAGAUGUUGCAUUAGAUCCUUAUUCGUCAGAUGGACAUGAUGGCAUAGUCAGAGAAGAUGGAGUUAUUAUGAAUGAUGAGACUGUUCAUCAGCUUUGUAAACAAGCUGUAGCCCAGGCACGGGCUGGAGCAGAUGUUGUCAGCCCCAGCGAUAUGAUGGACGGUCGGGUAGGAGCGAUGCGAGUGGCUCUUGAUGCUGAAGGCUUUCAGCAUGUUUCUAUUAUGUCAUAUACUGCAAAGUAUGCAAGCUCAUUUUAUGGCCCAUUUAGAGAAGCAUUGGAUUCAAACCCCCGAUUUGGAGAUAAGAAGACCUACCAAAUGAAUCCAGCUAAUUACAGAGAGGCUUUGACUGAGAUGAGGGAAGAUGAAUCAGAAGGAGCUGAUAUUCUUUUGGUAAAACCCGGCCUUCCCUAUUUGGACAUCAUAAGGCUACUUAGAGAUAAUUCUCCACUGCCAAUUGCAGCAUACCAGGUUUCUGGUGAAUAUUCGAUGAUAAAAGCUGGUGGUGCUCUAAAAAUGAUUGAUGAAGAAAAGGUUAUGAUGGAGUCAUUAUUGUGCCUCCGACGGGCUGGUGCUGACAUCAUCCUUACUUAUUUUGCUCUACAAGCUGCCAGAACUUUGUGUGGAGAGAAGAGGUGA